AUCUAAAACUCUAAUAAUUCCGAACGCCAUAGGCAGAUCAUGUAGUAUUGCUAGCUCUACAUAAUUCUUUUUGUAAAUAAUGAAUUUUGCUUCAUUUCAUUUCUCAAAUGCACUUAUUGCUUUCAUCUGCAGUAUUAACUUUAUGUUUCUGUGCUCGUACUGUGCAACUCUCAGCAAAUUAGCUACAGACUUCAGGUUAGGAGAAACUACCUGUGGUUCGGACAAAGACUGCUCAUCAAAUGCCUACUGCAUGGACAACAGACGGUGUAAGUGUAAGGACAAUUUCGUUCAAGACUCUUCCACCAUAUCAUGUUUUCCAAAGUCAAAGAAACUUAACGAUUCAUGCAACAUUGACAUCCAGUGCACUUCCACCUUCGGUACCCAUGCUCACUGUUUCAUGAACACUUCCAGUGGAGCAGGGCAGUGCAGAUGUCUCACCAACUCACACUUCCAAGAUGGCCUGUGCUAUGAAUCAGUACGUCUAGGAGGAACGUGUAAAGUGUCAGAUAAUUGUAUAUCAACCUCGAAUGUACCAACAUACUGUGCAUACAGUGUGUGUAUAUGUACGGCCAACUACCACCCUAGCAGCGAUCGGCUAGACUGUCUACCUGACGUUGCGCUUGGAAAAGGAUGCAGGAAGGACGAGGAUUGCAUUGCUGACCAUUCCUACUGCUCCAAUGUUUGCACCUGUGAGACAGGCUAUGUGUCUAGCUUAGAUGGCACUACUUGUCUACCAGUGGCUAAGAGCCUGAGAGCGCAGUGUGUGGAGGAUUCCCAGUGCCACAAGUACCUGCAGAACACGUACUGUGAUACCCAGGACAACAUCUGCAAGUGCAUCCCUUUCUCUCACGAACUGGACAAGAGCUGCUGGAUAUCAGCGAGACUGGGGGAGGCCUGCACACACCCCUUCCAGUGUGUCACUCCUUCUCUCAACAGAUCUGUCGUGACCUGCAGUAAGGGAGUCUGUGCUUGUGCCGACGGUUACUCUAGAGUUGAUGCUGAAUGCUCUAAACUCAAAGAUGUACCAGCGGAGAGUAGCCCUCUAGAGAAGUGCCUGUUCCUCACAAUCGCUGCCGUCUUGCUCAGUUUACCGUCCGACUGAACAAAAUAGAUUAGGUUAUUUAUUACAA